AUGGCGCAUUCUUCCAGCAUGGUUAUCAAGGUGAAGUAUGGCGAUUCACUUAGGCGCUUCAGUGCCAAGAUUGUUGGGGAUGAACUUAAUUUCACCAUGGAUGGAUUGAGGAAGAAGAUCCUUUCCGUUUUCAGCUUUGGUGCGGAUGCCGAGCUGAUUCUUACUUACGUUGAUGAAGAUGGUGAUGCUGUGACCCUCGCUGAUGAUGAGGAUCUUCGUGAUGCGGUGCGGCAGGAUUUGAACCCAUUGAGAAUUACUGUUAAAGUGACUUGGCCUCGCGUUCAGCAGCCACAUCAAGAUUUGGACAUGGGUGUCUCUGAAGUUCUCAGGACAUUACCAGGGCCCCUAAAAGAAACACUCUUGAUAUUGUUUGCUGAUUUGGCUUCCAAAGCAUCAUCUACUGAGUGUGUCCAACAAUCAGUGCAAAAUCUGAACAUUGGCGUGUCCCAAAUUCUGAAAACUGUUUCAAAGCCUCUAGCUGAAACUCUCGUGAAGCUCUCAUCUGAUCUAGCAUCCAAGGCAUCAUCCUCUGCUCCUUGUGUUUUGCUUGUUGAUCAUUUAUCAAAAUUGGGUUUGUCCUACUUGGAUCAGCUUUUACAGACUGCCCAACCUGGAAGCAGCUCCUUUAACAGAGAGGGUGGUAUUCCUGAAAGCGACACAGCUGCUAAGGAAAUUAGAGACUUGGGUAUCUCAGCCACAUCAAAAGAUGUACAAGGUGUUAGAUCUGGCCAUGAGAGUUCGGAAAGAAUAAAGCCCAAGGUAACCUUGGGAAGUGAUGAAGUGAAAGUUUGCAGUGUGGAUGGAGGAUCCAAUGAUAAGUCAGCUGAGAAUAUAAAUGUCACCUAUCCUGGCAGUGUUUCUUUACCAAAUUCAGGGAAGCCAGAUUUUACUUCCCAUGGUUCCAGAAAGAACGAGUUGUUCAAGAAGUCCAUCUUGAAUAAAACAAAUGGGAAGUCUCAUUUAAACAAUCCGCCUAUCCAUCUUGAAAAUAAUGUUAGAAAAUCAGCAUCUCCUGCCAUAUCCUCUAUGGUGCCACCAUAUGUCAGUAAUCCAGGUGAACUUAAAGUUGAACCAAAACCUGCAAAUUUCGGUGUUGCUGAUCCUACAAUGGAUGACUGUGUUGAUAACAGGGUGAAAUCUGAUGAUUUAGGGAACACUUUAGGCCCGUUUUCUACUACUAAUCCUGGGAAUUGUUAUAUCCCGGACCAACAUUCCAAUUCUGUUCCCACAUAUCAUAACCCAUCUUUUGGGCUGGUUAUGGGGAAUGGUACUGCCGGUUCACAACCUGCUGCUGAGGUGGGUCCUUUAGGGUGGCACAUUAGUCAGAAUAAUUACAGUGCGAAUAUCUUUCAUCCUGGGGUUCGUUGUGAUGGUUGUAGGGUUUAUCCCAUAACUGGCCCUAGAUUCAAGUCGAAAGUAAAGAUGGAUUAUGAUCUGUGCAGCAUCUGCUUUGGAGAAAUGGGAAAUCAAAGUGAUUAUAUCAGAAUGGACCGCCCAGCAAUUUAUCGGCCCCAUAAUGCUCAAGGCAGGGAAUGGAAUCCAAGUUUACAGCAACAGGUUCUCAGGAGUUUUGAGUUCAAACCAGUUGCAGGAAAGCCUGAUAGUCUCUUUAUUUGUGAUGUGAACAUAUUUGACAAUACUGUUAUAGCACCUUCAACUCCAUUCACCAAGAUAUGGCGGAUGAAGAACACUGGGAAUAUUCCGUGGCCCAAGAAAACACAACUUGUCUGGAUAGGUGGAGAUAAGAUGAGCAAUGAGCUCACUGUGGAAGUAAAAAUUCCUGCAACUGGAUUAAAGGUAGAUGAGGAGCUCGAUGUCACGGUGGAUUUCAUUUCCCCCAAGACUUGUGGCCGUUAUGCCUCUUACUGGAGAAUGGCACUUCCGUCAGGCCAAACGUUUGGGCAGCGGUUUUGGGUUGUCAUCUUGGUUGACACUUCUCUUAAAGAGUUCCCACGUGAAAACGUUCGGGACCUGAACCUGAACCUACCUCCCGCGAGCAGCUCGUUUGCUGGCUCUGAAAUUAUCAAUGUAGAGCCUGUGUCAAUGGUUGAGGAUGACCCUUCUGGAGCCAAAAACUUGAAAAAGUCUGAGAAACUAGAGCUGCAGCCAAACGUGGAGCAAGAGCUGAAAUUCCCUAUAGACAACAGCUUGUUGGUUGGGGAUGAUUUGAGGCAAGCUGUGGAUGAACUCUCUGGUGUUGCUGACUGGGAUCCUAUUCUAGAGGCGCUGCAAGACAUGGGCUUCCAUGAUACUGAAACCAACAAGAUGCUGCUGAAGAAGAAUAAUGGGAGUAUCAAGCGUGUAGUUAUGGAUCUAAUUGCAGGCGAGAAGAUUGAGUAA